CAUGAAGAAACUUAAAGGUGUACUGUUUACAUUACCUUUACUAUGGACUCUAACUUAUGCAUACAAGAUUACCUACCUUCAUGUGGUAUCGGAGAUUGACUACCGCUUUUCCAGGACUAUUGUCACAAGUAAAAUAUCGAACAACAAUUCCUGGCCAGAAGAACUUCGGUUUAAUAUGGAUUUACCAGAAGAAGCUUUUAUUUCUUCUUUCAAGCUGACAGUAAGAGGUAAAGAUUACCUUGGUAAAAUUAAAGAAAGAGAGGUGGCUCGACAAGAAUUCGAGCAAGCACAGAUGAUGGGCAGAACAGCAGGGCACAUCGUAACAAGGCCGAGAAGCUCAAACAGCUUCCAAGUUCAACUAAAUGUGGCUGCUUUUGAGGAGGUGAAGUUUGAGUUAACAUACCGCGAGCUCCUGAGAAGAGUAAAGGGAUUUUACAAUCAUGUGAUUUUCUUGAGUCCUGGUCAGCCAAUCGAAGACUUCCUCAUCAGUGUGAUGAUAACAGAGUCCCAGAAAAUCAACCCAAUCAAAAUACCACCUCUACAAACGGAUAUAUUAACAGAAGGGCCAUUGGGCACCAAUGAUUUAGCAACUGUUGAAUUCUUACCGAGCGGAAACCAAGCAAUUGUGACAUAUCAACCAACAUUGAGACAACAAGUAGAGCUUUCUGAGUAUGGACUCUCCGGUAAAUUUAUCGUCCAAUAUGACAUCGAAAGAUCCCUUGAUGCUGGUGAAAUUCUGGUUAUGGACGGCUACUUUGUUCAUUAUUCCGCUCCCGAUUUACCGCCUAUACCUACAGACAUUGUUUUGAUCUUUGACAAGAGUGGUUCUAUGUUAGGUAGGAAAAUGAGCCAACUUCAGGCAGCGCUUUAUAGGAUAUUAGACGAUGUUAAACCCGAAGACAGAAUUCUGAUGCUUUCAUUUUCGGCUAACGUUCAUUCCUGGAAAGUACGAGAUGGAUUUAUGAUGAGGAACAGAGGAUUAGCGCCAGCUACUCCUAACAAUAUUGCAGAUGCCAAGCAGUAUGUCAGAAGUCAGAUGCCUUUUGGAGGAACGAAUAUUAACCGCGCCUUCGUAGAGGGAUUUAGGGAAUUCAAUACAAUUCAUGUUGGCGACCGACCUGCUAUGAUGAUUUUCCUCACCGACGGAAAGCCUACUAUAGGCGAAAGAGACCCAGAAAGGAUUUUGCAAAACAUCGUCAACGCCAACUCGGCCUGGAAUAUUCCUAUCUUUACCCUGGCUUUUGGCGAAGAAGCAGACUAUGGCAUGGCAAAGCAAAUAGCUGCAAGGAACUUUGGUUUUGCAAGAAAAAUUUAUGCACAAUCUGAUGCAACAUUGCAAAUUACUGGAUUCUAUGAAGAGAUCUCAAGCAUUCUUUUGGAAGAUGUUGACUUCAAAUACUUGGACGGUGCCUUAUACGACACUACAGUUACUGAUAAACACUUUGAAAAUUACUUCGGAGGAACCGAACUCGUUGUUGCUGGCCAGGUGAAUGAUCUCAGUCUUUUGCAGCAAGGUAUGGCGAUUACAGCCAAAAGAUACAACGGAAGUUUUAAUUUACCUUAUCCCCCAAAUCAGUGCAAAAUCCUUCCCUCUGAAAACCAAGGAUUGCCUCCUGGGCAACGUCACCCUGGAAUGAUGGAAAAACUAUGGGCUUACUUGACCAUUAAGCAAUUACUGAGAAAGAGGGAAACCACAGACGUCAUUCAGGAAAUACUACAGAUAGAAGGCGAAAUAAUCAAAAAAGCUCUUAAGUACCAAUUUGUGACUCCACUGACCUCAAUGAUAGUGACGUUGCCUGAUCAACAACAGGUACAACCUUGUACAUGUGGAGCAAUUCCACGAGCAGGUGAACUGCCGCCCGGAGGAAUUCUUCCGCCAGGAGGAAUUCCACACCCUCCGCCAGGCGGAGGGGCUCCACCACCCCCAUUCCCUCCCCCCGGUCAGCCGUUGAAUCCGAGCUUCAUAGACCAGCAUCUUGGUGGCAUACCAGGUUUUCCAAUCGGCGCAUUUGCUAAAAAGAAGGAUAAGAAAGGAGUAGUACUUGGAUCAGAUGCAGGUUCAACAGGUCCGAAAGUUGCAGAAACUAAAAAAAAAGUUCCCACUGAACCACCCACACCUGUUCAAACAGGAAGCGCUCUGUCAGCUACUCCAUCAACCCCUGCAUUUGUGAUGAAGCCAUCAAGAGGGACGGAAUCCAUAUGUUUUAAUCUUCCGCUGUCUUCAAAUUCAAAAUAUAACUUUUUGGACGUAGAAACGGAUAAACGACGCAGCACAUCGUACGUAUUCACUGCAACAAUGGGUCAAAAUUCAGUGGAUGCAGUAAAGGUUGACCGAAAGAGGAAGUGGGGCAGACCUAUGACAUUGGUAACUGUAAGGAAAAGCGAUGGUAAAACGUACAAAUUAGCAAGAGGUGUAGAUGUAAAACUCAACGGCCACGCCGAUGGAGUCGUCACCUACUUCGUUGAAAUACCCCAAAAAUGGACUCAGAACGGAUUGCUAACUGAGUUGAGUAAACUUCAAUUCACUAUCACUAAAAAUGGAGAAACCGCUACAGUAUCCAUAAGCAACGGUCCACGGGCUUCCCUCGAUACUGCAACAGCAAGCCUGAUCACAUACAAUUCCAAAACCAAUGAAAAAUGUUGGUUUAUCAAGGACUUGAACACAGCAUCACUCGGCAUAAACAUAGACAGUUUCAUUAACAUGGUAAGAAUUAAGAUGGACGAGGCGAUUAGACUAGGGAUGUUGUUGAUGAUCAGCUGUGCUGCUUUUGGCCAAGAAGUAGCUGACAAGAACAAUGUACAAAAGCCUCGAAUCUAUUUUCUUCAUGUGAACUCGGAAAUAAAAUAUCGUUUUUCAAAAACGGUCAUCACAAGCAAAGUUGUCAACCCGGGAACAGAGGCAUCUGAAACUCUCUUUGACGUUACACUCCCAAACGAGGCUUUUAUGACAUCCUUCAAAAUGAUAAUUAAUGGAACCGAUUAUAAAGGAGAAGUCAAGGAAAAAGAGCAGGCCAAGCAGGAAUAUGACGCGGCCAGGUCACGUGGACAAAGUGCUGGGCACAUAGUUGCAAAACCUAGAGAUUCCAAUAAAUUCCAGAUUCAAAUAAACGUUGCUGCCGCCGAGAAGGUAACGUUCGAAUUAACUUACCGGGAACUUUUACGUAGAAGAACUGGGAAAUACGAGCAGUUAAUUUACAUAAAUCCAGGACAAAUUGUGGACGACUUCAGAGUUGAUGUUUCCAUUGAGGAAUAUAGGAAUAUAACAUCAGUUCAUGUACCACCAUUACGGAACGAUAUAUUGACAGAUGGCAGGGAAGGGAAAAACACAGACGCAGAAAUUGUGCGCCUCUCUCCAACUGAAGUGAAGAUUUCCUAUUCGCUGACAAAGUCACAACAAGAGAUUCUGUCUGAACAAGGGAUUUCCGGACAAUUCGUCGUACAUUAUGACGUUCAACGAGAGAAGAAUUCUGGAGAAGUUAUGGUUAUGGACGGCUACUUUGUCCAUUUCUUGGCACCGGAGGGCCUGGAUCCCAUGCCUAUGGACAUUGUUUUCGUCUUGGACAGAAGCGGGUCAAUGAGCGGAAAUAAAAUGAAACAACUCCAGGAAUCCAUGUUAAAAAUCCUAAACGAAAUUAGUGAAAACGAUCGCUUUAUGUUGAUAGCCUUUGAUAACAGGUUGAAGUUUUGGCGUAGAGAACUAGCUCAGGCGACAGUUGCUAACAUCGCGGAGGCCAAACAGUUCAUUCAGAGCACCUACGCGGACGGAAGUACAGACAUCAAUUUAGCGAUGACAGAAGGAUUAAAGCUGCUUUCACAAAAUACUCAGGAAUCCAGAGCCCCGGUCUUGGUUUUCCUCACGGACGGACAACCUACUUCCGGAGUCACCAACACCAAUAAAAUUCUCGAGAAUAUCAAAAAGUUUAACGAAGUUGACAUUCCAAUUUUCAGCCUUGCGUUUGGUCGAGGUGCAGACUACGAUUUUACGAAGAAAGUCGCCGCUCAAAAUGACGGCCUUGGCAAAAGAAUAUACGAGGACUCGGAUGCUGCUUUACAAAUUGCAGGAUUUUAUCAAGAAAUUUCAACUGUUCUCAUGCGAAACAUAUCUUUCAAAUAUCUUGAUGGUACUUUAAAUGAGUCAACAGUGACUCAGACUGAUUUCAACACAUAUUUUAAGGGCUCGGAACUCGUCGUCGCUGGAAAGAUAGAAGAUAUGACAAAAUUACAAGAUGGAGUUGAUAUAUAUGCUCGAGGAUUCAACAGCGAGAAGGUUUCGCUUCGAAGACCCAUAAUUUGUAUUCUGCCGCCGCCGCGUCCUUUUCCUCGUAUUAUACCUGCCCCCACGCCACAACCUCAACCAAGACACCCAAAUAUGAUGGAAAAUCUAUGGGCCUACCUCACAAUUAAACAGUUACUUCGUGAAAAAGAUGGUCUUGAUGACAAAGAGGAAAUAAAAAACAUUGAAAAGAAAAUUUUGGACAUGUCUUUAAAGUAUCAAUUUGUUACCCCUCUGACGUCAAUGGUUGUGACCCUCCCAGACGAUUCUAAACCUAAUCUACAGAGUGUCAACACAGACGAUGAACCACAAGGCGAGCAGUUCUCGGCACUACCAUCCCGGAUAUACGGCCAAAGUGGAGCUAUACAAGGCAUGUAUGGUUUACCAGGGAGAAAUAUGAUGCCCCCGCGUCUAAUUGGUAAUCGCUCUCCUCAAAUUUCUUAUGAUAUGCACCUGAUGAAAAGAAGAAAGUUUCAUCGCCGAAUUUUCAGAACUACCACCACGACUACCAAUUCACCUGUUACAACGAGAUCUCAAGUCAGUACACCAAGUCCCUCUAGGAAGGACCAGUCGCUACCAUUCUUCCUUGUUAAAGUAUCCAAGGUGAACAUGUGCUUUGACUUACCUUUGAAAAAGUCGAAGACCUACAACAUUAUCAAGAUGACAAAACAAAAGAAUGGGUGUGCCAUGAUUGCAAAUACUGCUAGCAAACAAAACAGGACCCUCAAAACGUUUGCCAGCAUGAAGGUUGAAAAGUACAAAGGAAGAAAAGUACAUGACACGUUCCAUGUUGAAGCAUUCAAAAAUGUUCCAAGUUUCCAAUGUGACGUGGAUGGAAUAAAAUUGGACGUUGAAAAGGGUCAACAAGGACUCAGUGUGAAGGCAGAAAUUCACAGCCGCCAACGGAAACAGUAUGGCGGAAUUCUCAGCCACUUUGCUAAUAUGAAAUGCAAGAUAGUGAGACAAUUUUCAAGAAAAGGAAAAUUAAUGGCGAAGGUAAAAUGCAGACGACGAGGAAGACGUACAUUAAAGUUCAAAGUCAUUCGGAAAACAUCGCCAUCUGGUGAUUCGUGCUGGUUCCUUAACAAGAAAUUGGUGAAUGUACUAAACAUUAGUCCCACAAACUACGAGAUCAAGCCAAUCAGAUUCAGGAAAAGUUCAUUUCAAGUAAAGCACGUUAAGAAGAUGGAUCAGUCUCUAACACUAGUUGUAUUGUUGAUGAUCAACAUCGCUGCUUUUGGUAAAGAAGUAGAUAAGAGCACUGUAGAGAAGCCACAGAUUUAUUUUCUUCACGUGAAUUCGGAAAUAAAAUAUCGUUUCUCAAAAACAGUCAUCACAAGCAAAGUUGUCAACCCGGGAACAGAGGCAUCUGAAACUCUCUUUGACGUUACACUCCCAAACGAGGCUUUUAUGACAUCCUUCAAAAUGACUAUCAAUGGAACCGAAUACAAGGGUGAAGUCAAAGAGAAAAAACAAGCUAAGCAAGAAUAUGACACGGCCAAAUCACGUAGGCAGAGUGCUGGUCAUAUAGUUGCAAAACCAAGAGAUUCCAAUAAAUUCCAGAUUCAAAUAAACGUUGCUGCCGCCGAGAAGGUAACGUUCGAAUUAACUUACCGGGAACUUUUACGCAGAAGACUCGGGAGAUAUGAACAGUUAAUUUACAUAAAUCCAGGGCAAAUUGUGGACGACUUCAGAGUUGAUGUCUUCAUUGAGGAAUAUAGGAAUAUAACAUCAGUUCAUGUACCACCAUUACGGAACGACAUAUUGACGGAGAAAAAGGAGGAGAAAAACAAAGACGCAGAGAUUGCACGCCUCUCUCCAACUGAAGUGAAUAUUUCCUACUCGCUAACAAAGUCACAACAAGAGAUUUUGUCUGAACAGGGGAUUUCCGGACAAUUUGUCGUCCAAUAUGACGUUCAACGAGAGAAAAAUUCUGGAGAAGUUUUGGUUAUGGAUGGCUAUUUUGUUCAUUUUCUGGCGCCGGACCGCCUGGAUCCCAUGCCCAUGGACAUUGUUUUCGUGUUGGACAGAAGUGGGUCGAUGAGAGGAAAGAAAAUGAAACAACUUCAAAAAUCCAUGUUAAAAAUCUUAGACGAAAUUAGUUCAAACGAUCGUUUUAUGCUGAUAGCCUUUCAUAAUAGACUGAAGUUUUGGCGUAGAGAACUAACUCAGGCGACAGUUGCUAACUUAGCAGAUGCUAAACAGUUCAUUCAGAACACUGAUGCAAACGGAAUGACAGACAUCAAUUUGGCGAUGACAGAAGGAUUAAAUCUUCUGUCCAAAUAUACUCAGGAAUCCAGAGCUCCUGUCCUGGUUUUCCUCACUGACGGACAACCUACUUCCGGAGUCACCAAAACCAAAAAAAUUCUUGAAAAUAUAAAAAAGUUUAACGAAGCGGACAUUCCAAUUUUCAGUCUUGCGUUUGGUCGAGGUGCAGACUACGAUUUUACGAAGAAAGUCGCCGCCCAAAAUGACGGCCUUGGCAAAAGAAUAUACGAGGACUCUGACGCUGCUCUGCAAAUCGCAGGGUUUUACAAAGAAAUUUCUAUUAUUCUCAUGAGAAACAUAUCUUUCAAAUAUGUUGAUGGUUCUCUAAAUGAGUCAACAGUUACUCAGACUAAUUUUAACACCUAUUUUGAGGGAUCAGAACUCGUUGUCGCCGGAAAGAUUGAAGAUAUGUCAACAUUACAAGGUGGAAUCAAUGUAUAUGCUAGAGGAUUUAACAGCUUGCAGUUAACACUUCAGGGAUCUCUAAUAUGUGUUUUGCCACCGCCACCACCGCGUCAAGUUCUUCCCAUUCCAUCAGCCCCGACACCAAAACCCCAACCAAAACACCCAAACAUGAUGGAAAAUCUCUGGGCAUACCUCACGAUUAAACAACUGAUUCGUAAGAGAGACGGUAUUGAUGACAAAGAGGAAAUCUACGACAUUGAAAAGAAAAUUUUGGACAUGUCUUUGAAGUAUCAAUUUGUUACCCCACUGACGUCAAUGGUUGUGACCCUCCCAGACGAUUCUAAACCUAAUCUGCAGAAAGUCUACAUGGAUGAUACACAAGGGAAGACUUCUACUGAUUCACCAUUCAGGAGAUACAGUAAUAGUAGACGACAAAAUGUGCAAGUUAUGGGUGGUGUUAUGAAGACCCCAUCUCCAGUGGAUCUUUAUGGUAUUUUCCUCCCUCGAUUUGCUUCCGGUUUUUUCUCUCAUAUGGGCCUUGCUGCAAUGCGCCCUCAGUUUUUCUCUCAUAUGGGCGUUGCUGCAUUGCGCCCUCAGUCUGCCUCAAUAUUUUAUCCAGUCUUCAAAAGAAGAAAGUUCAACAUCCCAUUCUUCAGAACUACCAACACCAAUACCAAUUUAACAGUUACAGUCAAAUCUCAAGUCAGUACACCAAGUCCCACUAUGAAGGGUCAGACGCUACCAUCCUUCCUUGUCAAAGUGUCCAAGGUGAACAUGUGCUUUGACUUACCAUUGACACAUUCAAAGACCUAUGAUAUUAUCAAGAGGGCAAAUCAAAAGAACGGUUGUGCCAUGCUUGCAACAACUGCAAGCAAACAAAAUAGAACACUUAAAAUGUUUGCCAGCAUCAAGGUAGAAAAGUUCAGAAGAGGAAAAGUAUAUGAAACGUUCCAUAUUGACGCAUUUAAAAACGCUCCGAGUUUCCAAUGUGACGUGGAUGGGAUAAAAUUGGCCGUUGCUGAGAAUCAACAUGGACUCGGUGUUAAAGCAGAAAUUCGCGGCCGCCAAAGGAAACAGUACGACGGAAUCCUCAGUUACUUUGUCAAAAUGAAGUGCAGGAUAGGGAGACAAUUGUCAAGAAAAGGGAAAUUAAUGGCGAAUGUUAAUUGCAGACGACGAGGAAGACCUAGUCUGAAGUUUAUAGUCAUUCAGAAAACAUCGCAAUCUGGUGACACGUGCUGGUUCCUAAACAAGAAAAUGGUUAAUUUACUAAACAUUAGUCCAGCAAAACACGAGAUUUGACAGUAGUGUUUUUAUUUUCAUAUCAUGUGCCUUAUCAAACUAUGCCAUGUCUAUUUCAUUUUAGACAUUUCACUUGUGUGUUUAUAAUUUUCAUUUGAAUAAUAAAGAUUUGAAAUCAAA